UUCCGAUUAACCCACUAACCCACUACUACAAAUAUCCAAAAUGCCUCCCUCUCCACAAACAACAAAACUAACAUCAACCCUCCACCUCCUCAUCCCACGUCUCCGCCUGCUCCAAAAAAAAGACACCGCGUCCUCCGUCGUGCAGCGCCGCGAUCUCGCCUCCCUCCUAGAAAACAACCGCGAUGCCUCCGCGCGCAUCCGCGUCGAGAACGUCAUCGCAACAGAUAUCGGCGUCGAGGUCAUGGAAAUGGUAGAGCUCUACUGCGAACUGCUACUCGCGCGAGCGAACGUCCUGGACCAACUGGCGUUCGGAGAGAAAGGCGUGCGCGCCAGGAAUCGAGCGAGGGAGGAGGUAGCUGCUGCUGCUGCUGCUGCGGGGAGGUCGGCUCCCACCACCCCCGCGACGGAACCAAAGCCAGUAACGGGGGGAGGGGGGUUCUCGUUUCGGUUUUUCGGUGGGCAGAGGUCUGCUUCGUCUGCGGCGACGGCGGCGACGGCGGCGACGGCAGCAGCAGCAGCAGAAGAAGAAGAAGGAGAAACAACAACAACCACUCCCAUCGAAGACCCCUAUCUGGAUUCCGCCCUCGACGAGGCCGCCGCCGCCGUCUUCUACGCCUGGUCUCGUUUCCCGCAUGACGUGCGCGAACUGACCAUCUUGCGCUCCCUGCUCGCAGACCGAUACGGAAAGGACUUCAUGGCCCUCGCGCAGGAGAAUAAGCUUGGCGACGUGCCUGUCCCGGAGCGACUUGUCAAGGGGCUGCGUGUGCGUCCGCCAAGCCACGAAUUAGUCGAGAGUUAUUUGAGGGAGAUUGCGCGGGCGUAUGGAGUGUCUUGGGGUGUAGAGGAAGAAGAAGAAGAAGAAGAAGAAGAAGAAGAAGUUAAUCAUGAUGCUGGUGUCAAUACCGGUCGUGGCGAUGGCGAUGUGCCGCGCGAGUUCUCUCCUUCUACGCCACCACCUCCUCAUGAAGGCAGUGCAGGUGACGGAGAAGGAGACGACAGAGUAGCUGCGCGCGCUAGGAGAGCUUCCGAAACAGCAGAGUUGAAUCGAGCGACGCCGCCGCGCGGCUUACAUUCUGGAAAGAGUCCCGUGAGUGUUGCGCCUCCAGGGCCGAGAUCGGAUAAUCCCAGUCCGCGCGUGAAAGUUCCCGAUAAUGGGGUUACAGGAGGAAGAGGAGAGAUUCCUUCUCAGCGGGUGAAGCCGAAUAAGAGUGGGAUUCCGGAGGUGGAUGAGUUGAGUCGACGGUUUGCGGCGUUGAAGCGGUAGUUUUUUUUUCUUUUUUUUUUUUACAUUACUCCUUGUCUACGGAGUACAUACUUACUUGCCUUCUUAGCUAGCUUACUUUUUUACCUGCUGGAAUCCCUACCGAAAGAGCCAAUCUUUCGGUAAUUUACGACUGUGGAGAUACUGAACAUGAAUUAAAUGACAUUUCUAUAUAUGAGAUGAGACAUCUACCGGAUCUGAUCUCGGCAUCCAACGCACUUUUUCGUCGUGUGGCAGUAGUUGCCACGGAGCAAAGAGGUAUCAAACAGGUAAUCAAUCAGCAAGCACCCUUAUCUAAAACAACGGAUGCACUGUGG